AGGCAUGUCUGUGUGGUCUUCCCAUAAUUUAUUCGGUUAUAGGCGCCGGCCUGUCUCAAUAAUAGCUGAGCUAGGAAUUUAGAGUGGUUUUUUUUUUCUAUCAUUAAUUGAACUUUAUUUAUAAAAGUAACGCGGCGUCUUCGCAGCACAGCGUGAAAGCGCUAGUUCCGGGUUGGCUGGAUCACGUGACCCUUGUCAGCUGCAUGUUUGAGCUUCUUGGCUUUAUCUUGUGGGGAUCAGCUGCUCGCAGUUCGGGUUCAUGGAGGAAGAAGAGCGUAGUGAUGGGCACGCGGCAAACACACAUAACAGCGCACUAAAUGAGACACCACCACAGAAUAACAGUAUUGAUGAAGGGCUGCCAGAAGAUUUUCUUUCAUUGAAUAAAAGCGCUGUGGAGCAACUGAGUGAAGGUCUGAUUUCUCACUACUUACCAAGUCUUCAGAGUUCAAAACUUGCACUGCAGGAGCUCACGCAAAAUCAGGUUGUAUUACUAGACACUCUUGACCAAGAAAUAUCAAAGUUCAAAGAAUGUAAUUCUAUACUGGAUAUUAAUGCUUUGUUUGCAGAAGCUAAGCAUUACCACAACAAGCUAGUAAACAUUCGGAAGGAAAUGAUAAUGCUGCACGAGAAGACUUCAAAAUUAAAAACACGAGCUCUGAAGUUACAGCAAAAGAAACAGGAAGAAAAUCUUAGACAGGAGCAGCAAAGAGAACGGGAAAUUGAGAGGGAAAAACAAUUAACCGCAAAGCCAGCAAAAAGGACAUGAUAUCCUGUCCAGAAAUCUUCCUUCACUGCAAUCAUGUUACGCCUAAUCCAUGAAACAAAACCGGAUAGGAAUUGCACUAUUUUGCUUUCACGCUGUGCAUAUAUAAUGAAUUUUUUUUUAAUUAUUUUAAUGUAUUGCCUGUGUUGUUUUAACACAGUGAAUCUACUCUGAUAAUCCAUGUGUGCAGAGAGUUGGAAGCCCCCUCCAUAUCUGUUAUUUUUAUAUACAAUUUAUAUAAAUGGUACUGCAAUACCGACUGGCCAUUGGCUAAACAUUAUGUUGGAGAGCCUCAGACACCCUGCUGGCCUUAUUUCUUAUAGGAAAUUCCAAUGUUGCUUAUAUUCAGUUAUUUUCCUUGUAAAUUAUAUUUUAAUUUUUAAUCAUGAUGCAGAAAUAUUUCAGCAAUGUUUUUGACCACUUAAGUUUCAAAUGCAGCAUAUAAUUGCACUGAGCAGGGAGAGCCCUGCUGAAUGCCAUAGUAAAAUAACUAUAUUGGCUGGGAUGGCUAGAUGCAUCAUUUAGCUGGUAUUGGAUUGAAUAAAUGGCUAACAUUCCCUUCUUUUGUUUAGUAUGUGUCGUGGAUUUGGCCUUGUUCCACUAAAGUACCAUUACAAUUGAAAUGCAGACUGUAGCCAUUCACUGAAGUGAUCCAAGAGUUUACUCAUCCCUGGAAAGAACAGUAUUUGGGAAAUAAUUAUUUGACACAGUUCAAUUAUGUUUGGUUGUUUUAUUGCUAUACUGCUUUCUUAGGACUGUAACAAUGGAAAAUUUUAAUGGCUACAGUGUACUGAUGUGUGUAUGUAUAAAGACAUUUAAGUAUUA